AUUCAUUGCCAUUCACACAAAAAUCCUUUCCGUCAAGUACUGUAAAGAAGAUUUCAAAUGGCCAAUGAUAAUUUGACAGCAAUAUUUUGCCGAGGUGAACUUCGCCUGGAAAACAAACCUGUGCCUGAACCUGCAGCAGAUGAGGUCCUAAUUGGAAUUCAUUCUGUUGGCAUUUGUGGUUCUGAUAUUCACUGCUGGAAAAAGGGGAGGAUUUGCAGUCUAACUUGUGAAGGUCCUUUGAUAUUAGGACAUGAAUCGAGUGGUACUAUCGUAAAAGUUGGUGAUAAAGUUCAAAACUUAAAACCGGGAGAUCGAGUUUGCAUCGAAUUCGGUAGACCCUGCAAAACGUGCGAAUUUUGUAAAAGUGGACGCUAUAAUCUUUGUGAACUUACGAAAUUCGGUGCACCUUUCGAUGGAUCUCUUUCACAAUAUUAUUGCCAGAUAGCGGACUUUUGUUUCAAGUUGCCUGAUAAUGUUACACUGGAAGAAGGUGCCUUGAUUGAACCACUUGCUGUUGCUGUUCAUGCUUGCCAAAGAGCUGCUGUUACUGCUGGAAAGUCAGUUUUAAUCUGUGGAGCUGGAGCUAUUGGAUUGCUCAAUUUACUGACAUGCAAAGCAAUGGGAGUGACUAAAAUUUGCAUCACAGAUAUUUCUGAAGAUCGAUUAAAAGUAGCUAAGAAACUUGGUGCUUCUCACCAGAUUUCUGCAAAAGGAAAUGAUAUUCUCGUCUUGGAGGAAGUAUUAUCGAAAUUGGGCGGUCCACCGGACAUUACAAUUGAAUGUUGUGGUGCAGAAUCUAGUAUACGGCUUGGUAUUUUGGUUACCAAACGUGGGGGUGUUUUAGUACUAGUGGGCGUUGGUGCUCCUGAAAUCAAAAUACCCAUUUUCGAUGCCAGUAUUCGAGAAAUUGACAUCAGAGGUGUUUAUCGAUAUACAAAUUGUUAUCCUAUUGCGUUGCAAUUGGUUGCAAGUGGGCUUGUGGAUGUUAAGCCAUUGAUCACUCAUCACUUUAAACUGCAGGAAGUAAACAAAGCAUUUGAAACUGCUCAUUCUGGUGCGGAUGGGGCUAUCAAAGUACUUAUACAUUGUUCUAAAUGAAAAUGCAUACUAGUUUAAACAUGAUAUAUGAGAAAUAAUGAAAGUAGUCUUAUAGAAAAUUGUGUAUUAUUUUUCUGUACUAGAUAUAUUUUUAUUAGGACAAAAUACUGAUGAUUUGUAUAUGCUUUGUUAAAUCUUCGAUUUUUCUAAACUUUAAUUUCAAUUGAGUUACACUUAAAUGAAACUGAAAAUUUACGUUAAUCAUACUAUAAAUCUGUAGAAAUAUUUUCAGUGAAAUAUGCAUAAAUAUUUCGCAGUUAUUAUUUAAAUAUUUUGAUUUUCUCUAUAAUUAUAAAACUGUAAUUAUUAAUUUAAUUACUCUAAAUUAUUACUGUAAAGAUGCUAUAAACAUUGUUAUGGUGUCAUCUGUUCGAAACUA